CUCAAUUCUCAAACACUUCCAAUUCAAAGCCUUUCCGACAACAACAGCCUAUCUUCAACUCGGAAGCACCUCGAUCUCCACAGCAUGCAAAACAUCUUCAAGCGAUCCAAACUCGACACCGCCGGAGCACCACCAAAGUCGACCGGAAACCCACUUCCUCCGCCGCCUCUCCGCCUCACCCACGAGCAAGAACUCGCCGUAAUCGUCUCAGCUCUCCGUAACGUCAUCGCCGGCACCACCACCACCAUGGACUUCAACUCGCUCUUCCCUUCCUACCACAUCCUUGCAGCAUCCGACGCCGAUCGUUGUCCUGUUUGUAACAUCAAAGGUUGUCUUGGAUGCAAUUUUUUCCCGCCACCAGCUCAGGAGGAGAACAACAUUAACAGCAGCAACAAGAAGGGACCCAAAAAGAGGGUGAAGAAGAACUACAGGGGAGUGAGGCAGCGGCCUUGGGGAAAAUGGGCCGCCGAAAUCCGAGACCCGAGAAGAGCCACUCGGGUCUGGCUCGGCACUUUCCACACGGCCGAGGAGGCGGCCCGCGCCUACGACAAGGCCGCCAUUGAGUUUCGCGGACCCAGAGCGAAACUCAAUUUCCCGUUCCCGGAUAACUCGCCAGCACAGGCGCCCAUUCAAGUACUACCUCAGAAGCAGCCAGUAGUUGUUGCCGAGACAAAGCAAGAGACCAAGAGCGUGGAAUAUUCAAAGGAAAUGGAAUCGGCGGGAAUGGAAAGUGAGUUCUGGGAAAGAAUUGGAGAAGACGAGUUGUUUCAACGGUGGAUGAUGACGGACUACGGAUGCAUGAUAUAGCUUUAGAUGAUUCAUUCAUAAACAUUAUUAAUUUAAUUAUUCAUUCAUAAACAUUAUUAAUUAUAGACUGUAGCUUUAGAACAAGCUUUUUUUUUUCUUUUCUUGUUUUUUUGUAAUAGAGCUUUACAACAAGCUUAGCACCAGAGGUUUGCAUCACAAAGCAGAAGACAUACAUGAAUUCACUAAAAAAGUUCCGUUCUC